AUGCAAGUGAUUAUAUCAAUGUUAUCUGACCAGAUCAGAAACUUUUUGCCAAACGUCCCUGUAAUACUUGUUGCAAACAAAAAAGAUUUAAGAAAUGACGUUGUAACGAAAAAAGAACUUCAAAGGAUGAAGCAACAGCCUGUUAAAGAAUCUGAUGGAAAAAGUAUGGCAUCAAAGAUAGGAGCACAAGCGUAUGUUGAAUGUUCAGCUAAACAGAAAGAUGGUGUUAACGAUGUGUUCGAAACUGCUGCCAGAAUAGCUUUACGUUUCAAGUCAAAUAAGCGUCAGUGUACAAUUACUUGA